AUGAUGCCACUCAAAAGGGGAAUGGUUGUGGCUUGUUUAGUGGUGGUAUGUGCUUACGGUCAAGCGGAGGGUGACAUCGAGGGUAAGGGCAAGGCGCUGACGCAAAGUGAUGCAGAUGCCAUUUGCAAUGUGGUCAAACAGUUGAGGGAGUUGGCAAAUAACGUGACGCGUAAUAUGAAAUUGGGUGAAAAAAUCGUGGACAAUGGCGAAAACGUUGCUACUUACUACAGCACACGUGUUGAAGCAAAGAAAAUGUUAGUGAAGGUUUUGGGAAAACUAAUUCCUGAAGAAGGAGAAAAGUUGAGCGUGAUGGGAAAGCUGCUGAGUGAUAUGGAGGAGCCGAUCCAGGUGUUGAAAAGAAGUAUUACGAAUGUGAACGCUUCACUCGGGUGCAUGAGUGUGCAAAUGUGGAACCUCACAAAUAUGUCUGACUCGUAUGCGUACUGGGUGAAAGAUAUGGUAGAACUCUUUGCCCAGACAGCAUUCGGAAGCGGGAAUUGUUGUCUUGUGGUGGAUGGAGGGGCAACGGGAGAUUGCAUAAGAGGUGGUAAACGCGGCAGUGUCCCCACGGAUUGCACUAUUUACCCGCCACAGCGCAGCGAGGGUGGCCUUGCUGAGUACAAAAACCCUCUUGAUGAAGGACUCACUUUAACGAUGGGAAAUGCAGGGGACGAAGGCGAAUACCCGCUAUGUGGCUGCUUCAUCACAACAACAAAUGACACUUACAGCAGGGGGAAAAAAUCUCUCAUUUAUGAACUUUCUGGUGGCCUCUUUUACACACAGAAUAACAGACUUAUGGCCAACUUCACUUUUGUUGGAAAGGAAUUUCAGGAGCUAAUCGAUCCGCUAAGAAGAGUCACAAACAAUUUUUCCGCGUGGAACACAUCAAUUACAAGACAACGAGCUGUACUCGAUGGUUUGCUACUUAAGCUGAAGAAAGAAAUCAGACAUGUCCUUGAGAAAGAAAAGAACAAAGCAAUUACGGAAGCAUUAGGUAGCACGAAGAACAUUCCAUGGUUUGGUAACGAGAGUGGGAAUAGCGAUGGUAUGGGGACGCAACCAACCCUCCGAGGGGUGAGUCUGUUUCUAUUCUUCCUGGUAUUCUUCUAA